CUUAACUCUGUGAACUGAUUUGCAGGUGUGAUCCUGCCUGGAGUCUGAUUUGUCUAGGUUUCUGAUUUCACUGUUGUCUAUUCUCCUGGGUCCAGCUCAUGAGAGGGGCAAACCAGUCGAGUGUCUCUGAGUUCUUCCUCCUGGGGCUCUCCAGGAGGCCCCAGCAGCAGCAGCAGCUCCUCUUCAUGCUCUUCCUGAGCAUGUACUUGGCCACGGUCCUGGGAAACCUGCUCAUCCUCCUGGCCAUCAGCAUGGACUCCCGCCUGCACAUCCCCAUGUACUUCUUCCUCAGCAACCUGUCCUUUGUGGACAUCUGCUUCUCCUCCACCACUGUCCCCAAGAUGUUGGCCAACCACGUGCUCGGGAGCCAGACCAUCUCCUUCUCUGUGUGUCUCACGCAGAUGUAUUUUCUCUUUGAGUUUACUGACAUGGACAAUUUCCUCCUGGCUGUGAUGGCCUAUGACCGCUUUGUCGCUGUAUGCCACCCCUUACACUACUCAGCAAAGAUGACACACCAGCUCUGUGCUCUGCUGGUCACUGGGUCGUGGGUCAUUGCCAACCUGAAUGCUCUGUUGCACACCCUGCUGAUGGCUCGACUCUCGUUCUGUGCAGACAACACCAUCCCCCACUUCUUCUGUGAUGUGACCCCCCUCCUGAAACUCUCCUGCUCAGACACACGCAUCAAUCAGAUGAUGAUUCUGACUGAGGGUGCUCUGAUCAUGAUCACCCCAUUUAUCUGCAUUCUGGUAUCAUAUAUCCUUAUCACCUGUGCUGUCCUGAGAGUCCCAUCCACAAAGGGAAGAUGGAAAGCCUUCUCCACCUGUGGCUCCCACCUGGCUGUGGUUUCCCUCUUCUAUGGCACCAUCAUUGGUGUUUAUUUCAACCCUUCGUCCUCACACUCGUCUGAGAAGGACACUGCAGCUACCGUGAUGUACACAGUGGUGACUCCCAUGCUGAACCCUUUCAUCUACAGCCUGAGGAACAGGGACUUGAAAGGGUCUCUUCAAAAAAUGAUUGUGAAGUGUACAAUGUUUCAUGAAGAAUAG